AUGAACCAGCAGUUUAGGGAUACAGAUGUAUCUCUAACGGCAGGGAAGACUAAGCAGAAGGACGCAGGAAAGAGCAGACAGGUGCCACAUUCAGGGGGCAUUUGCUCAUCCCCCUCUAAUGAUGCAAUGCGAAAGUUCGUUUUGGCACACAGGCCCAAACCACCCAGCAAGGAGUUCAUCAGGGGUCAGAGUCUGCAUGACAGUAGUUACGACCUGCAUGCGGAGAAUACGCUAGUCCCAGAGUCCCAGGACUCUGAGGUUCAGUUCACAGACACAGAUAUGUCUCUGCCUUCAUGUCUGGAUAGUAGUUCUGAGUUUCCGGAAACUGACAGAGACAGAGAGUUGCUGUGGUCUGGCCAACCCUCUGACUUCUCUUCUGUAGCACUCCUAAAUAUUUACAAAGAACUGAUGACUGUCUACAAACAGCUAAAGGCCGAACGACAAAGUCAGCAGCGAAGGGAGAGGGAGUUGCACGAGCGAGAAAAGAGGCUGAAACAACAGGAGGAGGCUUUCAGGAGGCUGUCCGGAUUGGAGACUGUCCACACUCGAGAUAUGGUCAUGGAAGAGAAACACCAGCAAGAACUGAGCAAGCUGCAGGAUCGCAUUAGAGAGAAAAGCAAAGAAAACAAGAGGCUCAAAUCCAGCUACGACACCAUUAAGGAGCAGAAUGACAAAAUGAAGAAGCAGUUGAAUGAGCUCACUGGACAAAAUAGGAAGCUGGGGAGCCAGUCCAAGAGGCUGCAGGCUCGACUGGAAAACCUACAGAGGAAAUUUGAACUCUGCACCAUGUUAAGAGGCUGUCAAAUAAGGAAUGUAAACAGCACAGAGUGUGUUAAACCUCACACGAAGGAGAAAACUUCAGCCUCUGGAAAAUGCAGUGAGAAGGUCAGCCCCAUCCAACUAAAGCUUUUGGCAUUUCUCCUUGAAUGGUUUCUUGAUGGAAAGCUGUUCUCAUCAGCAGCUGGAGUUGAAGUGAAAGGUUUACCCCCAGAGGUUCUAAUGAGCGAAAGAUGCAUCAAGGUACUACCGUUGUUAGCCGAUCAGCUUCAACAUGCUCCCCUUACAGAAGCCAAUCUCCUCCUCAGCCUUCUCCGCCUCGUGCACUGGGCUCUGGGACACUUAGAGAGUAGCGCUCAGCAUGUGGCUCUGUCAGCCACACUGCGGCGGAUUGGAGAGGCGGUGUCGAAAGGCCUGGAGCCUCCCGUGUCCAGCAUCAGUGCCACUGGGCCGGUCAGCAUUCGGCCUCUUUGCCACAGCCCAUGUCCCAACACACGAAUCCUCUCCAACCUCAUCAUCCUUCGCACCAUCACACAAGCGGAUGUGCUUUCUCAGGCACUUGACAGACUCUGCAUUGAACUUAAAUGUGAGGAGAGUCGAGGCCUGUACAUCCACUAUGGGGGAGUUCCAGUGCUGCUUUCAGUACUCAGAUCUGGUCGGGCAGGGCUUCGCUCACCUAUAGACAUCCUUAUGCAGCUCACUCAACAGUCCUGUUACUUAGGUCUGUUUCUAGAAGCGUGCUGCUGCGAGGAGUUUUUCAGAACAGCCUCGAACAUCCUGAAAAAUCCUCGUCUGGAGCUGUCGUUACUUGAGAAGCUCUCCAUCCUUCUGCAAAAGCUCUCCAGCAUAAGAAAAAGCCAUCGCCUGUUCGAGCUCUCGUCCCUCCACCAUCAGAUAGAGGAUCUGCUUCCCAAAGUGGACCCCACGCACACAUUCCUCUGCCUCAACCUCCAAUCUAUCCUUCUCAACCUUCAGUGAAACGCGCAAGUGUUCCUCUGACUCAUCCCGACAACCUGUGUGUGUCGGACGAUAAAAUCCCUCCUCUGUUUUUCCGGUGCAGCUCUUUAAUGUGAACUUUAGCUUAUUACCAAAGCUGCAGUUUUAUCCUCUUUGUCUAAAAAAAAAAAAGCACAAUGAAUCAUUUAGACUUGUCUGUUAGAAGAACGUUUUUAUCCUCUUUCUAUUGCAUUUAAUUACUGGUGUUUUUGUGUCCCACAAGUUUAAUUAGAUGUAUAUUUUUAUUUCCUGUUUUUGAGCAAAUGUCACUCUUGCGGAUGUGACUGCUAAACCAUUUUAUAGCAUUUAACAAAAGAUCUGAAGUACAUUAAGCUUGAAUGGCAUAAAACAACUGAAAUCCAUGUGUUUUUGAUGAAAAAAUAAACAGAUAAAUAAAAUCCCCUUAUUUGUUCCAGGGAUGGGGCGAGUUAAUGGGGGCAGGGUCCUCGUUACGGGGCGCACUGCUGGUUGAUGGAAGAGGUUCGAAGGACUGGAGCAAUUACCGCAGAUAUUUAAAAUGUACUUGUUGAAAACCACUCGGAUUGCGCUUGGCUAGUACAAAUAUGAAAGGGAGGCUUUCAGGAUUUUUUUUUAAGUCCCCGCA